CGCAGCAUUCUUCUAUUCGCGCAGUUCCGUCUGGUCGGCGACCAGCUGUUUGUACCGUCGUUCCCUUUUUCCCGCUGGCUGCCUGACCGGCCACUCGAAGGAUGUUCCGAAUUGGGUUAAAAUUUCCGUACAACGGUCUAAGUCGGAUAAAAAAACACGGCUGCUCCAGGUUGCACUUGACGGCCAGGUACUAUGAGACGCGAUCGCACAUUAAAUGCGAGCCGGAUGGUAGGUUGUGCAAGGAUGUCAGACUUAUAUCCAGACUCAGUGCACCUAAGUAUUCAACUGCAUCGCCGAAAAGUGAGAAGAGCAAAGGGUCUGGAACGUUGCUAACUCUAGGAGCUGUAACGAUAAGUACUCUAGGAAUAUUAACAUACGCGAAAACCAACCCAGAAUUUCGCGCUAGUCUCGAAGGAUGGGUUCCUGGCACAGACAAAGCUAUUCGAGUCAUCUUUCUAGAGGAUUCCAGCUAUUUCAACUUCAUUUUAACGUUCUUCGCGACAUUGAAGCAGACGAUAACGGAUAUGUUUGUCAAAGAGGAACCAAAACCAGCACCCAAACCAGUUUUCAAGCCAUUAGUUGAGAAAAAGGAAACACCUAUUAACCAGAAUUAUACCGAGAUUCGUGUUAGUAAAGAGAAGGGCGAGAAAGUAGACGUUGUGGUUGAGAAACCAGCACUGCCUUCCAAAAAUGUACCCAAAGAGUUGAUGCCGCAAAAUCUCGUUGAUUUAGAAACUUCUUGUGGCGAGGCCGCUUCUAAAGCCAUUGCAGCCUACCACAAGGCAACAUGCGCAGUCGAGGAGUACAAUCGCGACGUUGUCAAGGUGGUCGAAAGCACCGGCAGUGCAAUAAGCGGCGUCGUUUGGCAAAGGCUAAAGGAUGUGACGGAGAAGAAGAAGGAGGCGGUGCGACAAGCGGAGGAGCGUGCGAAAGAUGCAUUCGAUUUGCUCAAGCGCAUGUACAACUUAAUCGACGAGCCAAUACUGGAUGCGCCCGCCCAUAUGAAAACUGCUGCCAGACGAAACGUCAGAAAGAUUCUGGACGAUGUGGACGAGGCCAAGAGAAAGUACAACGAGGAGGUGCGUAGCGGUAACAUCACGGAGCGCUAUUGGCAGCAGGUCAAGACGGCGCGGGAAAACUUCAACGAAGAAUUGCAAAUUCUGUUCCCUAGUAUAAAUAUCCACGAAAAGAAGCUGUCCGUCAACGAGGAAGCGUUCGAUUUAUUCGUUCUGCAUAUGUAUCACAAAGUCAACAACCUGCAGAAGGAAUUGGAGAAACUAAGGACAGUCAACGAAAGUAAAAUAAAAUCGGCAUUAAGAACGUCCAGUGAAGGUGCAGAUGAAGAAAAGUUGGAAGCGUUAGUCUGUCUCGCGGUGAACCAAGAGAAGCUCACUCUCCAAGAAGAUCACGAGAAAAUGCUGCUGGCGGAGCAGAAGAAGUUCGACGAGGAGUUGCGGCGGCAGCUGAAAUUGCAGACGGAAAUACACGCCGAUCAUCUUCGAGAGGCACUUUCGAUCAAAGAGCAGGAAACGCAAAGGACACUGCAGCGCACGCUCAACGAGCAAGCUGAGGCUGAGUCCAUAAAGUACAAGACGCAACUUGCUGCGGUAGUGGGGAAGUUACACGCUCUCUCGGCGGCUCUUAAAGCCCGCAUGGAGGAGGAAAAGGGUCUAUCGAACGUGCAGAUCCUCUGGUCAGCCUGUCAAGCUCUGUCUCGGGCGGUGAAAAUUGGACCGCCGAGUACACCUACGGACAAAGUAAUCAGACCAUUAGAACCUGAAAUUAAUGCAGUUUCCAAGGCGGCAUCGAAGGACGAUCCUCUGGUGUGCGCCGCUAUUCGAGGCAUUCCCGAAGAGGCAGCCAAGAGAGGAGUGUUUCCGGAAGAUGCUCUGCGCGAAAGAUUCCUCAAGGUGGAGAGGGUGGCAAGAAGAUUAGCCAUGGUGCCAGAGGAGGGUGCAUCCUUGCCUAUAUAUCUUCUUAGCUAUCUUCAAAGUUUCUUGAUCAUCAGAACGGCCAAUCCAAUUCCGAAGAGCGAGCUCGAAGACGAACCAAUCGACGUAGACUCGCUGAAUACAUACGACAUACUUCACCGUGCCAGGUACUGGUUGGAUCGCGGGGACUUCAGCAUGGUCCUGCGAUACAUGAAUUUACUGAAGGGCGCACCUAGAAGCGUCUCUCGGGACUGGAUGAAUGAGGUCAGGAUUCUGCUGGAGACGCAGUUGGCGGUCGACACCCUUUUGGCGCACGCAGGUGCAAUCGGUCUCUUGUAUCUCGGUGGAGGUUCGUCCAAGAAGUAAAGCGGGCAUAACACACAGAGAGGAGACUGUCCCGCACCACCACACAACGGGGACGUCCAUAAAGGAACGGAGCGGGACGACAGAGGGGAAGAGGGAAGAGACGGAGCAAGUGGACAGUAGUAGAAGGAACGCGGCCAGGACGACUACAGAGAAAAUAAAAAAAUGAAACCGCUGCCAGCCUUGUAUAGUGAACAAUGUUUUUUCUAGCAAUUAAACAAUAGGAAUAUUGUGCCGGGUGAAACGAACGCAAUGGCACUUUUCUUUGCCCCCGGAGAGCCAUUUCCCCACACGACCUUUGCAUGGAAAUCACACUCCCUCGCGCGCACCCCGCGUAACGCACCGCUUUCUGGACUUGAAUUUUUUUUUUCAUGCAAAUCACAUGUACAUGAAGUCGAGCGUAUCAAGGAUUUUGAGCGACUUGCAUUCAAUGCAACAACGAAUCGUGUAUAUUGUAAUAUUAUU